AUGGCCGCCCGACAAAGCAGAAAGCUGUCAAGCAGCUCCAUAAAGAAGCAGCUGCGGCGCAGACACGCUCGCAGAUACCAUGCCCAGGCCAACAAGUCAUGGGUGAUCAGCAAGUACUCGCAGGAACUGGAUCGCUUCGACAAGGAAGAUGUGCGAAAGCACACUGCGCAUGUGGCAUCCUGGAUCGCCUAUGGCCCGAAAGCCCGCAUUCCAAAGACGGCUGAGAUCAAGCUCUUGCGGAAAUACAUCGCCAAAUUGGGAGGUGGCCUCCUACCUGAACGUUUGGAAGUGGUCCUACCAGACGCGAAGACUGCGCUGCAGGCGGCCUUCACGUUGGGAGAGGUCAGCGAGGUCUGGAGACAGGCAGCACACAAGCUGCAGAGGAUUCUCGACAAGUUCCGCUGCUGCCGGCCGCCAGCAGACCAAGUGCUCGCUGUGGCUGCAACGCACGAGGGUGCAACAGCCGAUGUAGUUGUUGUGCCCGACGACGACGAACCUUCCCACGAGGACCCAUCUCUGGGCGCGUCUAGCCAGCUCUGCAGAAGGAUAAACCAGUGGGGUUUCCUGGAUGAUGCGCAGAAGCUGGAGCGCCUCCGCCAAGCUGAGGAGGUAGCCAGGCGCCCAUGGAGGAAUCUCAGCCAGGGGGAGCUGGCCGAGGUCGUCAGCAUGGCGGCCACGGCUCUUGCAGCUCCACGCAGACAGGCGUUGGCGCAAGAAGAAGAGGCUGGAGAAUCAGGCCAGGCAGAGGCGUCCACAGACGCGGGUGCCAACCAUGAUCUACAGAGACGGGUACGGUCGCUGUUGCUUCGGGCGCUUCGCAUGUGGCAGGCAAGCCACUAUGAUUUCGGUGUGAUUGAGCAUGUGCUCGGUUUCGUCCAUGUGAAGAUCGACAAGUUUGAGGAGAAGAUCGGAAGCAUUCAAGGUGCUGCAGCUGGGAGGUCUUGGCAGGCCAUCAAAGAUGUAAUCGAUGAGCUGCUGCAGGGCGUUGCUCGCUGUGCUUCCGCACUCCAGGCUUGCGAGGACAAGAGACGCGAGCGGCUCUUCAGACGGCUGGAGCGCCAAAGCGGGGUGCAAUGCAUAUGCUGGAAAACAGACCACUCGAGGUGGCGACUGCAGUGGCGGGAAGCCGGCACGAAGAAGUGCAUCCACUUCCCCAUCUCCAAGCAUCUGAAGGAGGGCCUCGGCGAGGACGAGGCCGUGGCGGCCGCGCUGGAGGAAGCCAAGGCGCACCGCGAGGAGCUGGUGCGCCAGGGUAAGCUGAAGCCCUCGAAGCCCGUGACCGGCAAAGCCGGCGGGUCCACCGUGAGGGGCGUCGUGUACAGGAAGAAGCACCGGAAGUGGCAAGUCCACCUUACAGACCCAAGCACCAAGAAGCAGGUGUAUGGGGGGACCUUCCAAGCUCAGGUGGAGGCGGAGGCGAAGGCGCGGGAGAUGGCCGCGAAGUUCGGGAUUCAAGCGGAACUCGAGGUGGUACCAGCGAAGCUUCUCUCGGAACUUCCACACUUCGAGCCCCUUGGGAUGCAGAAGGGCAUGAAGUGGAGCCCCGUCCGGCAGGCCUGGCAGGCGCGCUGCACUGUGGGAAGGAAGGAUCGGAUCCAGCUGUUCCAGCCCAGGGAUCUCUCGGAGAAGGAGGUGGAGAAGGCCUGGAAUCAGGCGGUGGCCUGGCGCAAGCAGCAGAAGGAGCAGCGCAAAGACCGCAGAGAGAAAAGCAACGAGGAGAGGCAACUGCCCUGA